AACCCGUGUCCUGUUACUGAAGUCAAAACAGAUAUAUAUGUCACCAGUUUUGGACCUGUUUCUGAUGUAGAAAUGGAAUAUACAAUGGAUGUCUUCUUUCGUCAGACAUGGGUAGAUAAAAGAUUAAAAUAUGAUGGCCCUAUUGAAAUUUUAAGACUUAACAACUUGAUGGUUUCGAAGGUAUGGACUCCUGAUACUUUCUUCAGGAAUGGGAAAAAGUCUGUUGCACAUAAUAUGACAGCCCCAAAUAAACUCUUCAGGAUAAUGAGAAACGGCACCAUCCUGUACACAAUGAGGCUUACAAUAAGUGCAGAGUGUCCCAUGAGAUUAGUGGAUUUUCCCAUGGAUGGUCAUGCUUGUCCUCUCAAAUUUGGGAGUUAUGCUUAUCCAAAGAGUGAAAUGAUUUAUACCUGGACAAAAGGACCUGAGAAGUCAGUGGAAGUUCCUGAGGAGUCUUCCAGUUUAGUUCAGUAUGACCUGCUUGGGCAUACGGUGUCCUCUGAAACUAUUAAAUCCAUCACAGGUGAAUAUAUUGUUAUGACAGUUUAUUUCCACCUCAGAAGGAAAAUGGGUUAUUUUAUGAUUCAGACCUAUAUCCCAUGCAUUAUGACCGUGAUCCUCUCUCAAGUUUCAUUUUGGAUAAACAAGGAAUCUGUUCCUGCUAGGACUGUAUUUGGAAUAACCACAGUGUUGACAAUGACGACGCUGAGCAUCAGUGCAAGACAUUCACUGCCAAAAGUAUCCUAUGCUACUGCCAUGGACUGGUUCAUAGCGGUUUGCUUUGCCUUUGUGUUCUCUGCUCUUAUUGAGUUUGCUGCUGUCAACUAUUUUACUAACAUUCAAAUGGAAAAAGCCAAAAGGAAGACGGUAAAGUCCCUUCUUGAAUUUCCAGUUGCUCCAGUACAAAGAAAAAGAAGUACAGAAGAGACAUUCACGAGUACAGAUGCCAAUUCAAAUGUGAGGAAAAGAACAAAUGCCACAGUACAGUCUGAAGCUGAUGGUGGGAGCCGAAUUGACACAAGGCACAGCUCCGUCCAGCCUCCCUCUGUAGCUCAGGGGUCUUCUGACAUUACACCCCACUCCCUUUCUGCAUCAAGUCCCAACCCUUUCACACGAAUCAACGCAUCGGAGACAUUAUCUUCUGCAAGAGCUACCCCUCCAGCUCCUCCUUCUACCCCAAUUUUAACUGGAUUUGUAUCCCAGCAUGCCACAGCUGGAUCCCCUUCCAUUCAGCACUUGCUUGGAUCUAGACUGGAGCAGAUUCAGACCACCACACCUAAUACAUUAGGAGCAUCUGCAAAGCCAUCUGCUGUCAUACCACCUCCUCCCCCCGCCUCCCACUCUGGCACGAGUAAGAUAGACAAAUAUGCACGCAUUUUAUUUCCUGUUACCUUUGGAGCAUUUAACAUGGUCUACUGGGUGGUGUAUCUAUCCAAGGAUACCAUGGAAAAAUCGGAAAGUCUAAUGUAGUUUUGCUGCUAUGUAGUAGUUCCUAAAUUAUACUCACAUUUGAUGCAGAGUUUCUUCUUUUGAAACUAUUUAAAAAGGUCAGUAAUUCUUAUUUAUAAAAGCUGUGUGCUACUUUCCCAUUCUAAAGGCUGGAGUUAUUGGGGAUAAUUAGCUAACUCUUAACAGAGUAAUGGGUAACAGUAAUGGGUCUUCCUCCCUUCAGCCAGCAGUGAACCAACACUUGCUUGAGACAAGCUACUCUGGCUGCACAGAGCUUGCAUUUGGAAGGAACAUGCACCCGGAAAAAAUCAGAGGCAGAGGUGCACAGCUGUGCAGUGGAACACAUCUGACUGCUAGGAAUAUGCAUGCUGGCUAUUACAAAUGCCUGAGGCACCCAGCACUGCUGUCUGGACACAGCAUUGCAUUCUCUGAGUGAGAGGUCUAUGUCCUGAAUAUUUUGGCAGUGAUUGCUAGAAAAGGACUUUCCUUGCUAGAUUAAAAUUGAAGGAAUGGGGGGAAGAAAAUCAACAGUGGCAUAAAUGAAGAGAGUCCAGCCUGGGAGAGUGCAACUCCAGGAAAGUUAUGCAAAGGAGUUGUAGAGCUCCAUAUAUUUUUACUAAGCAUUAUUUUGCAUUGUAACCUGGGAAAUUCUCACACCAAACUAAUAAUGAGUGAACCUUGUAAAAUCUGAAAUCUGAUGUAAUUCUCAAAAUUGGAUUUUCUCGUUUGGUAAGGUGAUCUUAAGUGGGCGAUUCUUCUUUGACCUUGCUGACCAGCUUGAGUGGAUUUAUUCCUAAAUUACAUAAAUUGUAGUAGAGAGCCAGGCCACAAUGUUCAACUUUUUGUUUGAAUUCUUUGCUUUUUCCUUGGAUGCUUUGGGGUUUGGAUUUUGGUUUGUUUUUUGUUUUUUUUCACCAUAGUUUUCAGUUACACUCCUGAUUUCCUUUAAACACAUAUUUCAUUGUCUCUCCCCACCCCCACCCUUUGUAACGUUUGUAUCAAGUCAAAUUUUCAACACAGUUUUAAAAGUGGCUUCCAAAUUACGCAAACAAAAGUCCCAUUUCCUGUGCAGAGAGGAGUAUGGCAUGUCACUGAGUGAAUGAAAGGCAUCCUUUUUGAGAAGGACUGCUGUGAUAGAAAUAAGAAAGUAAACUUUCUAUGUAGAUCCCAGGCUAAAAAAGUUAAUUUACGAUCUUUUUUUUUUUUAUUUUAAGCUGUGGCAUAGAUAGGUGCUUUUCUUACCAAAUUGCAGUAUGCAAGCAGGCAACAUUAUUAAAGAAUUGAAUAGUUAAACCUGAUAGAAAUCAUGAUCAUAAACGUUAUUUUCAGUAGAAGAGGUAGAAAACAUACUGCUAAUAAGUACAAGAAACGUUUGUACAGAUCUGUCUGGCUUGGCAAAUGGUUAUUGUUUCUGUGCAGGUGCCAGGUGAAAAUCAAAGGCCAAACUCUCAGCUAUGAUCUGGCUGUGCCUUUAAAGGGUCUGGGCUGAUCCUAAGCUUCAGUUGGUUGACUAGCAGAUUGGUAGCCUAUUGUCAAAGUCUGAUGUUGCAGGGCAUGACAUUGGGGUGGGUGUUGAGUGGUUCUGUGCCCAGAUAAUGAGACCACAAGCUGCUGGCACCAAUGGCAUGUGUAAGACUGCCCUAGACUCUGUUGGGACAAGAGUCAGGGUAAAAAGACCCCUCAAUGGUGAAACUAUGACUGUGCCUCUGUCUCUCCAAGCCGUUUAGCCAGCUCACGGCUGAGAUCUUAACCUUUAACUUAUGGGACUUGGGAGAUAGCUGGCAAGAGACACUACAGUGUGUAGUAUGGAUCCCAGACAGUUCUUUCAUGUGUCAUAAUGAACUGUAGAUGAUAGAAUGCAGUGGAAAUGUCUUACGAAACUUUAUUAUAAUGGAGUGAUACAAACAGUUGCCUUAGGCUUUCUUUUACUUAAGGGAUGCUCUCCAAAGGCCAGGUAUGGUCCUUUUUCAACUUUUAUAUCUAGAAGGUGCCUGAGAUUACAGCACUUUCUAGAAAAACAUGGUGUGGCAUAUCACAGAACUGGAAAUGGAGCACUGGUGCAAGGUCUCUAACUGCAGUAGUUCAUAUUUCUGGAUGGAUUGCUAGUUGCUGUAGCUGUUUCCUCUCUAAUUAGGUCACAUUUGUUACAAAUAGUUACAAUGGAAGAUAGUAGGCAAAAGAUUAAUUAUUUGGUAAAACCAGAAUAAACAAAGCUAAAUAUCUGGCAAUUAUUGAUUAUAACUGUGCAAAUGAUAAAAUACUUUUAGCAUGACAAGCGGUGAACUGAUGUGUGGAGAACCUAGUAUUUGCACCAGAAGUUACUGAAAUUAGUCCUUGCUUUCCUCUGUGAUGAAAACAAAGGAUAUUGGUUUUCAAGAAUGUUUUCUCACAGGAAGAGCUUUAAACAAUUAAUGAGAAACAGUUGCCUGUUCCUUCCACCCAUCCCUGUAUAAUGAUUUUAAUUAUUUUAAUGAUUUUUUCUAGUGCACUGUUCAUUGGGAUCAACACUAGCUUAGGCUAAGAUUGAUCUAAAUGUGCUGCUUGAAUUCACUUGUAGGUUCUGUUUAAUUUUAAAGACUUAUAAGGAGGAAAAAAGAUUGCAAAAAAAAUUUCCAAAUAUUUAUUUCUGUGCUUCCAUUUUGGGAGAAAUUUUUAAUGAUACCACAGAAAAAAUUAUCUAAUUUAAAUCUGCCAGUUAUUUCUGGAAUACCUUCCAACACUUCCAUGCCUAAAUUCAAAAUGAAGUACAUUAAAAAAAAAACAUUAUGAGUGUAGGGCUAAUUUAUUGAACUGUACUACAUUUUUAUGUUGCAGCAUAUGAAGAAAUUGCCACAGUUACCUUUCCAAAAUACAUGUGGACAAUGUAAAUAGGAAUUUAUUGCUUACAGUUGUUUUUCACUGUUUCUAAUCUCCCUGGAUGAUCAGAAAUAGUAAAACAACAAAGAGCCUGCAAUAUACUCUGUGACACCAUAACUUGGAAGUGAAAAAGGAGGAAUAUGCUUAAUAUAGCAGCCCAAAUGUUCAAAACUACUUACUAAAAUCAUAAGGAAGAGCAUUUCAGAUGUCAUUUCAGUGACCAAAUAGCUUAUUAGAGAUGAACUCUACAAGAGCUAUAUUUUUAGUUUUUUGUUCUUUUUUUCUAUUAGCUUUGUUGAACAAUUUAUAUAUUUUUUUACAGUAUCAUAGUGGUUUAUAACUAACCAAACACUUCAGAUAAUAAGUUCAUGUCUAUCAACAGGAAUGGCAAUUGGAUAGAAAGACAAAAAUCUUUACAAGGAAACAGAGAUAGUUCUCCACUGACAUUUCCUCUGAGACAUUGUUAGCAGCAGCAAAACUCCUCCAGAUUGCAGUGAUGCAGCCCUGACCACUAAUGCAUUCAUUUGAGAGAAGCAGUUAAAAACUUGGUUCAGGAAGAUUGCCUUCACAGGAACUGAAGUGUGGUUUGUAGUCAAUUGAGAGCCCACUAUUAACAGGUUCCACUGCAACUGUGAGAAUAGUGAAGAUGAGAAAGGUGGCAAACUUAGACCCCAGCCCUUCAAGGAGACCUGAACUCUUAGAGCUCACCAGCAGUACUAGAAUCUGUUUUUCCUCCUAUUAAAAUGGACUUGUCUUCAUCAAAUGGAUGUUGAUAGUGCAUUUCUUCUCCCAUGUGUCUCUGAAGUAGAAAAAAGUAGACUUUUAAAAAUGUUUAGUUAUCUACUCUACAUUACCCUUUGAUCAGGCAAGAAAACUGCAUGAUAAUUGAAUGAAAGAGGUAAAUAGUUUAACUAGGAAUGUGAUUAGAGCUCUUCUGUUAACAGGAGCUAAGAGUUAUCGAUUACAGGGUGUUCAAGUGUAGUCUUUGGCAUCCCAUCAUCUUCAUCAUUCAGAAUGGACCUUACAAAAAAUGGUGCCAAGUAAAUGUAUUUAAUAGGAUUUAACCAGUAUUUCUACAAAAACCUGAAUGAGCUCAGCUUUUUGAUAUGCCCAGAAAUCCAUGUUCUUCCACUGUAUUGUGUAUGUCCUGUAUGUCAUUUGGCCUCAGUGUACCUUAAUGCUGUAGCUCAUUGUCUUUAUGCCAGGUGAGAACCUCAGGGUAUGCAGUGUCUAUUUGUCCAAUUUAUCCAAAGCCUAGCUUCCCAUAUUCCUUGUUCUGUUGGAAGUGUAGGGAAGGCCAGAAUGGAAGAAAUGACACACAGGCUUUGUAGGAGACACACAUUGGCCAUCUGGGACAUUUUCCCAUGAGUUCUGCACGUGUCUUAGGAGAAGCUUUUUCAGUGUACUAUAGCACACUAUACAUCCAAAUCCCAAAAGCUGCCAAGAGGUUUGGAUAGCAGAGUAGAUCAUGGACUUUGCACACUUCUUAUAACUUUUGCUUGACUUAGAAGAUUAAGGAGGAAAGAAAUGUUGGUGUACCUUGUCUUCCUGGGACUUGCCAAGAGGGUUUGACCUCACUAAGAUAGAAGGGGUUUGUGUGGCUAGCACUGUUAUGAAUUGCAAUAGAGACAGCUGACAAAAAUCACCCUUGGUUUUAUUUAAUCCUAGUACUGAAUAAUAGAUUAGAAAAUAGCAGCUGUGGUGUUGAGAAGCCUAGGUUCAGUAUAACAUCUGCUGAUGAUAUCGAUCAAGCCAAGGAUGAUCAAAGUUGUAGAAGUCCUACAGAACUGCAGGGCUGUACAGCAGAAAGUUUGCAGCAGGUCAGUGCUAAGUGGGGAGAAAAGGAGGUGCUUCCCUUCAUACUUUGACAGGAGUAAAGCAAUAAAGCAUAAGCAGUACAGUUCCUCCAUUUGUAUUUGGUAGAACAAAACUGCUUAAACAAAAUCUCAUACUCAGUGAAAAUCUGAGGAACAAAUAGCAUUAUUGAGGCCAGUAUUAACCACCAGACACCAUCCCCAAAAAGGAGGCAAAAAAAUCCAAGAAAAAAAUUGAAAGUAAGUUAAAUGACAGUAGCAUCUUUUAAACUUAUUUAUUUAUUUAUUUUCAAGACCUUGUAUUUCUUUCACUGUGGGCUUCCAAGGUGAGUUUACAUUUUUAAAAGAACCUCUGCUGGUAUCCACUGACACGAAUAUGUGUUUUUCAUUUACUUCAGCGCACUUUAAAUGGGAAGUUUACUGGAAGGAAAAAUGUGCCAUUUUGAAAGAGUCUGAUAUGUUUUAAUUUGUACAAUCUUCAUUUGCAGGACUCUCCUCAGAGUCAAGAUGUAGCUAUUUUGGAGAAUGUGAGUGUGGUGAGAGUUUCAGCGUGUUCUGAGUAAAUCAGACUUUGAAAGUAAAUUUUUGCCACAUCCCAGGCAAGUGAGAGUAGUGCAAAGUACAGAGCACCCUGUAAAGAUCUCUCUUUGCUAAUGUUAUAUUCUGUGUUAACUGGAGGGAAUGAAAAAUGCAAUAAAGUAAGUUCUUGUAAAAUUGAUAGAAUUUGCAAAACAUACUCUGUUUUAUUUUUAGAAAUGUGACAGGUAUUUAUUUCAGAAUUGAAUAGCAUUGUCUUCUAGUCCAUAACUUACUGCAUAUAAAAAUAUUUCUUAGACUUUCUUAUGCUUUUUGUGUUAUUCCACUGGAAAGGAUUUCAAAGAAAACUAGUUAAUAUCCAUUGCAGUUCACUAUAUUUUUUGGUAAUAAUUCUAUUUUCAUUUUAUUGUGCAAGAGGAAUUGAGAGCAUGAUGGCUUCUUCUAAAUAAAAAUAACAGCAGCAAAACAAAAGCCUUGGACAUUCCCUGUUUUAGAAAACCUUCCAAACUCCCAUCAUUUUUUGAAUUAUUUUUUUAAAAAAGCAUAAUUUUAGCAUUUAAAAAUACUAAUGCUUGGAUACAUAUAUACAUAUAUCCCUUGAAAUAAUAAAAUUUCCCUGAAUUUUAAGAAGGCAAAUUCAAGAUGCACUUGCUAAUAGCUCUGUAUUGAAAGAGUACAUGGAUUUUUUGGAUGGAAAACACCUUGUGAGGUAGGUUUUUUUUUUUUUUUAUUGCUAUCUUCAUAUAACUAUUAUCAAGAAAAAGAUCUGGAGGAAGAGUGUGGUAUUACUGAAUUAAUCUUCAAAUAGCAUGAAGAUCUGGGUUAUUUCCUGCUGGUCAUCUUGCUGUUGUGUCAACAUUUGCUUAGUGUUUUUGUGAAUGCUGUAUCCAGGUUGCUGUUAACUGACAUAGCAAUCUAUGGAUGAUCUGAUGACAUAAAGAAACAUUAAAGGAAAUCAUUGUUUGUAUGUUUUCAUCCUUGCAAAAAACUUAACUGGAGUUUGGUAGAAGAAUCAGAUGAAAGUAUGAAGCACUCAGCUGUACUCCUGAGCUCAGUACAUUGAAAAAUUUAGUUGAGUACUGCUUCGUCUUGCAUCAUCAUCUUGUGCUGGUGGCUCAUCUCCAUGGUAAGUAAAACUGCUGUGAGGAUGGAGCACUCAGAAGUAAAGAAUGUCUACAAGUAUUUCUUCAAAGCUAUUUUGAAAUAUGAGGUAGCUAACCUUAUUACUAACAGUAAUGUCAGAGAAUGCUUUAUAUUUGCAAGCUUGAAAAUCACUGUUCUGUUAGGAUGUACCAGGUUGUCAAAUGAAAUUUUCGUAAAUAGAUGAUUCUGUAUGUACAUGUACUUAAUUUUUUGUUAAUUUGUGACAGCAUUCUCUAUCACCAAAUGAGUGGUGAAGAUUUGAGGUGUUUCAGAUAACCAGAGUUCUUGAGCAAUUAAUUGAAAAUAUUUGUUUCAUGCCUUUGCAAAUCAAUGCCACCAGUGCUUUUGUGGUGAAAAAUUAAUUCACCUGUGAAAAAUCUUGGCCUUGAAUACUCAACCCAUGUUUGAAGGGCUGAUGAAGCACACUGGGCAGGGCAGGACUCAGGGUAUGUUUAUUCUAAGAAGCUUCUGAAUUGUAGAUGGCUUAUGUCCUGCCAUCUUUUGAAAGUCUUCACCAGAGAGACUACAAGCAGAAUCCAUGGGCAACCUUUUUUUAAGACUCCACCAUAAAACAGUAUUACUGCUGAAUGUAGUGCUCUCACCUUCUUGUUUAUGGCCUUGCUUUGUGUGUGGGGAAGUGUUUCAGUGCUUGUGGGGGAGCAGGCUGAAGCAACUUGUCUAGCUAAACCCCCAAUUUCAUCUUGUUUCCUUUUGGCUGGUUAGUAGUACUGGGAUCUGUCUGACCUGGCUCCCAUCUUAGUGCUGGUACAAAGGAGGGCGUGAGGAGCCUGGAUUGAUGCUUUGAGCUGGGUUAAUGCUGGUGAGAAACUGAAGUCUGUGGUCUGAGGAAUCUUGUCUUACCUCCACUGUCAUUAAAACAGAGGAUCUCUCAGGUUUUCUCAUAUCUCUGGUGCCCCCUGUGCUUAUUUUUCCCCAACAAAGGUGAUUUUGUGAAUUAUAUCAAUGACAAAUCAUGUACUAAAAAAAUCCAAAACAAAACCAAAACCAAAAAAAGAGGCCAGGAUUUUUGAAAGAGUCAAAAUCAGUGAAGUUAUUUGAAGAGAGAGAAAAGGAAGAGAAGGGAAAACAUGAGUAUGGAUGAAAAAUUUAGUUUCUUGCUACCAAGCAGUUAUUUUAAGAUAUGUCCUAUUAGAGGUACUAGAACUGCAUCUGGCAGGAAACAGCCUAGAAAUAAUUAUUUCUUCAUUAUAAGUAUAAUGAGAAAGUAAUAAAGAAAAGUGUCUAAUGUCCUAUUAUAAACAUUUGUGUUCCAUUGAAGCUGUUUUUGAAAAUGGUAUUUUCAUUGUCAGCCAGGAAGAAUUGGGAGACAGAAUGGGAAGUGAAAAAAAAUUAGUUUUAUUAAGUAUUACUGUUUCCCUUUGUUUUAGAACAUUUCUCAACCAAAAACGUAAACAGUAACAUUUAAAAAAAAAAUUAUUUCUGGGGCUCUAUAUAUUCAAUUUUCAGUAAUGAAGCACUUUGGAAUGCUUAGCAUUCAACUUGCUUUAUGUUUAAGAGACUAAAUAGAGAGAAUGCUGUUUCUGAUUUAAUUGAGUUGUCAGAGGGGAUGUGGGUGAAAAAAACAGCUUUCAUUACAGUAACAACCAGGUUGUUUUUUUUUAAAGUAUCAUGCUUUCCUACUAAAUCUGAAGACUUCAUUCUUGCACCUGAAUUCAUGGGAGCUGUUGAGUGCUGAGCAGUUCUUAUAAUCCAGUCAGUGCUACAGCUUGUGGGCUGCACCUGCAUUUAAAGUUGCCAUGUCUGAAAAUGCUCAUGCACAACUUGGCACUUGCCCAGCAUGGAUCCCACAAGAGGCAAAGGUGUGUGUGUAGCCCACUGUGGGUGUGUGAGAGCUGUUAUCUUGCUCAUGUGGGAGAAGAUGGGAGUCUGUGGUCAGAAACAGGGUAAAGAGAGUGUGACUGCCUCUUUCAGAGGCUAAGCAGAGCUUAUAUUGGAUUAAGCCACUUAUGAAAAUUCCCCCUAAACUCUUUUCCAAAUAGACAGCUUUGGAGCAAGCUGAAUGCAAUGUGGAAUUCUACUCCAACUGCAAAUUCUGCACGAGGAUCAACACAGUCAGUCUCCCAUGAGGUUUCUGAUGCUGUGGCUAGAAGACUGAAAAGAUGUGAGGUAGCUCCUGCUGCCAGCUGGAGUGCCUUCAUGCUGCUGUGCAUCCAAGCUGUCCUGUAGUGCAACAAGGUCCUUGGAAUAAUGGGGAUGGGAUGGAAAAUACUUUUUUGGAAUACAAAAUAGGGCAGAAUGGAAACUUCCUUCAGAUCAACACUGCUCAUAUGCACUGUAGCAGCACAGAACAUCCCAGAGGAACACCAAGGUGUCUUGCAGUCUUAUCUUCUUGCUUAUCUGCUGAAUGUUUUGAAAUGGAGAGUGGUGAGAAUGAUAGAUGCAGGUCUGGUAAUGAAACAGAACAUGCUUAGUGCUGCUGCCUGGUAAGUACCCACAGUCUUCUUCCAGCAGCUUGUGGGCCUUCCCAGAGAUAGAACUGCAUCGCUGACUUUUCUGUAGGUAUAAUUAUUAUGCCCCUACCAUCUCUCCUGUAACUUAAACAUUGGAACAAGGGGGUUUCCCUUUGACACUCUAUUUUGUUGCAUAAUUAUGAUGAAGAAAAUAAAGCUGAAUUCUUCUCAUUUUUUUAAACUUUUUUUUUUUUUUUAAGAGGUUUCCUCAUCUGCACACAUGGAAAUCGUAAGUUCCACUGCAAACUUCAGGAAGGUAGGAAACACUUCUAUGCAAACUUCUGUCUAUGAUUAUCUGACAAAAAUAGCUUUUGUUUUCAAAUAAAAUCUCUAAUUUGGAGAAUAUUUAGUUAAAACCUCUGAAAUUUAAAUACAAAAAUAAUUUAUCUGUACUGAAAAGGUGAAUUUUAUUUGUAGAUAUUUCACUUAGGAAGGUAAGGUGAAAUGUACGUGGGUUUUCUGUUAAGCUAAACCAGAUGCUUAGCCGUGGGAUAUUCAGGAGCCAUUUCAUAAAUACAUGGAUUGUAUUUUUUCUCCUUUGGAGAAUGUGGAGACAGUAUAUAAACAGAAGGUGGGAAAAUUCUCUGGAGGGGUUUUAAAAUUCUACUUCUCACUUCUUUUCUAGCUAUCAUAUGUGUAAAUAUAGUGAAAUCAGAUAAGAAAAGUGAGUGAAAAAAAGACAUUCUUUGAUCUUCACAUUUUCAGUUGGUCUUACUAUGUAUGCAAUUAACUAGCUUCCCUUCCUCCAAUUAUACUUCCAAGUUUUCUUUGUGCUAUGCCAUAGGUGAACUGUGGAAGAUGUAGGAAUUUUUAGGUUCAAUUCAUCAGUCCAGUUAGGAGGGCACUCAAUGCUGGCCUUGAUGAGUUAGGAGCAUGUUUGUUUCAGUGAUGGAGCAACCUGUUCAGCAGGAGAAGGUAUCCCAGUUCUUGAUAAGAACAGCUGAGGCAUUUUGCUGAGGUAAGAUGUAAGAGUUGGAGUAGGCUUAAGGACUGCUCAUUAGCUGUUUUAAACUUCCCAGAUGAGCAAUCCAAACCCUCUCUUUGGCAUGUUCUUCUGCUUUUGCACUGUUUUGAUUUGUUCAAGUUCUGUCCCUGACUUUGCUCCCUUGCCUUGUGGCUGAGGUGAGGAGCACUAGUUUCUUGGGAUGGUGUGGGAUUCCCAUGCCUUCCCUUUAGUCAUGGGUUCUCUGUGCAUCACAUCUCCAUGACCAGGUGGACAGCAGAAUCUGGGCAGGGAGAGGGUGGUGUGCAUCCAUGCCAGUGGCAGAUAAACCCUGGCAGUCAAGGCACACUAUGAGUAUGGUCAGAGUCCUAAAGUAUGGUGUGUAAGGAUUUUUGGGUGGGCUUCAAGAUCCAGUGCUAAUGCAGUGUCAGAAACCAACUUUGGCUGCUUGAAAGGUCAGUUGUAGAACAGACGAAAGGUUUUCAGGUUUCUAAAUUUUCUGGACGACUGCUAGCCAUGCCAGCCCACUUGUGCUCAGAGCUGCAUCACUAGCAAGCAUACAGAGCAGAGACAGUAUGUUAAAAGUCUAUCUGCAGGCACAGGAUUUACUUGCUGAUAGUAAGUAAAUAAGGCACCUAGAAGUUGCCUUGGGUACCUUUUUCUCCUCACCUUUACUUACCACCCUUGCACUCUGCCAGUCCUGCUAUUCUGACAUUCCAAAUUGCUGGGGCACUUCAGUGAGCUGUUAAAAUCAGUCCAUCUGACAAAUGAUGAGGAACAUCCUUUCUCUCACUCUUUCUACUCACAAAUUCAGUUAAGAGGCAGAGUGGGAGAUAUCAACUUCUGUUUAAAUUUGAAGUUUGAGAUCUAUAUCAACUAAGGAACCAAAUAAAAAAUGAAUUUAUAUGUAGUAUGCAGUAGCUGCUAUAUCUUGUGUCAUUUUAAAGCUGAAAAUUAAAAGAAUUAAAAAAAACCCAAAAAGGUGGUAUUUACUGAUAUUUUGUUUUACUGUAAACUUUUCUUUUCCUGAGAAACCCUGCCCAUUGCAGCCAAAACAUCUGGGUUUAGGCUUAGACAUUGCAAGCAAGACUCCCAAUUAAAAAUAUGAAGCUUUUGGAAGUACUUUUAUCUUUUUUUUUUUUCUGUAAAAGUAUUGGCAUGCAAAAAAUACGUGCUUAAAGCAAGCAUAGUGAAAAUGCUUUUUAAACACCCCGUAUAGGAAAGUCCUAUCUUCUCUGUCAAGAACUUAGUACUUCUGCAAUAUGUCACUGUCCUAGAUGCAUGUUGCAAGAGUUCCUGUGCCAUGCCAAAUUCUGAUAUUUAUCCCUUUGUAUUGGCUCGUACAUGGGGAAAAAUGGAAAGGUAAUCAAAGCAAGGGAAGUCUUUGGUUGAAUUCUUUUACACUAUUCUUGGUGCACAUUUUAGUUGCAUGGAACAAUGUGGCUGGGAAGAUUUGAGUAAUCCAAGGUUAACUAAAUUAUUUGAAUGAUAUGUUCAAUGCUGGUCACCUGACAAUACUAACAAACUUUAAAAGGUGGUUUGAUAGCUGUCAACUUGUUUUGCUAUUGUGCAGCUUAACUGUUACCUUCCUGUACUAUGAACAUCUAUGUAUUUGGAAAAUAAAUCCAUCUUGCAAGAAAGAUUGUAAAAAAAAAAAUUGUUCCUAUUAUACUCCAGUGUAUAUUGCUGAUGUCAAAUAAAAUACAAUUGUGAGA